CCUUCCGGCGCCGCGGCGGGCCCGGGCGGAAGCGUGGCGAUGGCGGCGGCGGGGCCGCCGCGGGCCAAGACGAAGAAGAAGCAGAAGCGGUUCGUGCCGCAGCGCGUGAAGGUGCCGCGGGCCGCGGACCCGCCGCUCGCCGUGCUCUGCUGGGGCGUCAGCCACCAGGUGAACGAGCUGAGCCAGGUCCCGCCGCCCGUCAUGCUGCUGCCCGACGACUUCAGAGCCAGCUCCAAGAUCAAGGUCAACAACCACCUCUUCAACCGGGAGAACCUGCCCAGCCACUUCAAGUUCAAGGAGUACUGUCCCCAGGUGUUCCGGAACCUGCGGGAGCGCUUCGGGAUCGACGACCAGGACUAUCAGGUGUCCCUCACCCGGAGCCCCCCGCACUGGGAGGGCAGCGACCGGCGGCUCCUGCUCUCCUCGGACCGCACGCUGGUGGCCAAGGAGCUGUCGGGGGAAGACGUGGCCGAUGUCCACGGGCUCCUCUCCCAUUAUCACCAGUACGUGGUGCAGUGCCACGGCAGCACGCUGCUGCCGCGCUUCCUGGGCAUGUACCGGGUGAGCGUGGACAACGAGGAGACCUACCUGCUGGUCAUGAGGAACAUGUUCAGCCACCGCCUCCCCGUGCACCGCAAAUACGACCUCAAGGGUUCCCUGGUGUCCCGAGAAGCCAGCGACAAGGAGAAGGGCAAAGACCUGCCCACUCUGAAGGACAUGGACUUCUUGAACAAGAACGAGAAGGUCUACGUGGCUGAGGAGGACCAGAGGGACUUCAUGGAGAAGCUCAGGAGGGACGUGGAGUUCCUGGUGCAGCUGAAGAUCAUGGACUACAGCCUGCUGCUGGGCAUCCAUGAGGUGGGGCGGGCCGAGGAGCUGGAGGAAGAGGAGGUGGAGGAAGAAGAAGGGGGGGGCGAUGAGGGGGGGCCCCCGGGGGGGUACGGGACGUCCCCCGAGGGCAUCGGCAGCUUCCUCAACUCCCACCGGCCCCUCGGCCCCGGAGACUUCGACCCCUACGUCGACGUCUACGCCCUGCGCGGCAGCGAGGCCGCCCCCCGGCGCGAGGUCUACUUCAUGGGGCUCAUCGACGUCCUCACCCAGUACGAUGCCCGCAAGAAGGCAGCUCAUGCGGCCAAGACAGUCAAGCAUGGGGCGGGAGCAGAGAUCUCCACCGUUAACCCCGAGCAGUACGGCAAGCGCUUCCUCGACUUCAUCACCAACAUCUUUGCUUAGGGGGGGUCCCCCGGACCAAGCGGACCUACCCCGGACCAAGGGGCCCCCCCGGGGUGCCCCGCCCCCCCCCCCCCCAAGCCAUGGUCCCCCAGCAGGCCGGGGAUUUGCUGUUCAAGUGCCUUAACUUUAUUGGGGGGGUGUAGAUGGGGGCUGGGACUUAUGCCCCCCCCACCAUAGGGGGGGCUCACACACUACAUGCCCUGGGGAGGGGCCCCCUCCUUCUCCCCACCCCCAUUCUUCUGAGCCAGCCCCGGGGGGCUCCCAUUCCUUGCCCCUGCCCCCUCCAUAUGGGACCUAGGGGUCCACCUAAGGCCCCCCCCCCCAUUGCAGCCCCCAGGGGUGACCCCUAUUCCCAUGGGAAGGGUCCUGACCUUGUGUGACCCCCCCCGGGGGGAGGGGGGGGAACAGGGACUUGGGGAGUGAUUCCUGACACCCCCUUUCUAUCCAAGGGGGUCCCUGGGGGUGGCCCCGCCCCUGCCCCCCCGUUCCCCCCAUAUGUGUCCUGAUGAAUAAAUUAUUGAUCCAGA